AUGGACAGGCUUGCAAUCGUGCCCGCGGGGAAACCAGCGAAGGAGCCCAAGCGCAAGCCCCAGCGCAAGCGAGCCCGACACGACGACUCCCCCCGGGCUGUCACGCACAUCCUGCCGGCCGUCCAGAACGUCGUCCUACAGCCGCCAGCGCCGGCGCGCAACACUGUCCACGCAGUGCUUGGCAUUGUGGCCGGGCAGGUCUCAGUGUUCCUCCAGUUCGACCGACCAGAAGAGGCCCCGCCAUUCGUGGUGACCAUCGCGACCUCCACCACCAAGCCUGUUCAAGCAGACACCAGGACCAUACGGCCUGGCUACUACGCCAUCCAAGGAGUCCACGACACGGCUUCGACCGAAACCGCUUUUUGGGUCAACGUAGACAUGUACAACUCCGCUCCGUCGGGCGCCGUCUCCAAGGAGUCGUACAAGGUGGCGUUCAGCAAUUUAGUGGCUUGCGGGGAGGAUGGGCUCGAGAGCAGGCUUGGGGAAGACAGGAUGCUCACGGUACACAACGGUGAUGGCGGAGCCGCCAGCUCUCCUUUCGUCGGAGACGACGCCACAACCGAAGGCGAACCUCUCAGUUCUCCCUCAACUUCGAGUGACGGCGACGGCGACGGCGACGGCUACAAUGACACCGACGACGAUGACGACAGUGACGAGGACAGCAAUGACGAUGACGGCGCGUCCUGCGACAAGGAGGAGAUCUGGGAACACACGGGACGGUGCUGUCUCCAUCUGCGAAGGAGGCUCGCCCAGUGGUAUAAGCACACCAUCAAGCUCACGCACCACCUGGCCAGUCUGACCAAGGACCGGCAGCAAACGCGCGAAGAAGGAAAACAAGUGGUGGUCAAGGAAGGGGGUGUGGACUAUUUGGAUCACUUGUUCAGGACGAUCCAACGGGACUGUAACUACACCCCUGCCUUUGACCCGACUUCUCUGGCCUUUGGACCUGUCGGGUACCUAUGCAGCCAGUGUGGACUCCGCUGCCGUUCCGCCGCUGGCCUGGGUUCCCAUAUCAAGUUCAGGCACUCAGCCCUUUGGACGCCCAAGAAGAGGCCGCAAAGCCCUACCCUUAACACCUCGAACUCGCGUGUCAUUAAGGGCGAACAGUGA